AUGCCUAUGGCUUCACGUCAUUCAACCUUGUUAGGUGGUCAUCCAUAUGCUGGAACUCAUUGUGGUGGUCAAUAUACUUUUGUGUAUGGUUCAGCUGCACUCAACAGUGCUUUACAGGUUACAUCUACAAUUAGAAAAGGAUCCGGACCUUCCAUGUGUCAACCAUGCAAAACUCACCAAAAUUCACAUCUAGGGACUACCCUUCAGCUACCCAUUGUUAUUGGUCAUCAACAUCAGAUCAUUGCAAUUAUUUGUGCUUUCCAUUUUCUUUAUAUGCAUAAUUUCAUGGGUAGUUUUAUUUUUCCAAUUCUGAAAGAGAAAAAACUCUACCCUUUUAGCCAGGAGGUUACUGAUGACAAAGCACCACAAUCUGAAAGAGGCAUCAAGUCACGUGCAAUUCUUGGUAGACAGGUCAAAGGAAUUGUCACAGAGCAGAUUCAUGAUGGUCAGCAGUCCAUGGCUGAUGAAAGUGAAUAG